AUGGAAGGAAGCAGAACCAAGGGAAGAACCACAGUUGAAGUUGGAACUGAUGGGGUGGCUUUAAUCACCAUCAUCAAUCCUCCUGUUAAUUCUCUUUCUGUUGAUGUGUUGUACAGCUUGAAGGCCAGUUACGAGCAAGCUUUGAGAAGAGAUGACGUGAAGGCAAUUGUUAUUACAGGUAACAAUUGA